UGAGUGACCACCGUUUUAGCACCUAUCGACGCUACCUUUCUGAUUUCCUCGGCCUCCGCCCUUCUGUAAGCCGGUUUUCGGGUUCUGCAUAUAUGAUCUGGAUGGUCGGAGUUCUGCUGGCCGGAUCUCCUGCUAAACAACUGCGAAGCUUCUAUUUACAGUGACCUCCACAUUUACGUAUUUUGAGACGGAGAUACGGCCGGAAAAAUCUGCUUAAAAUGUCUGAGACCGGCGAGAAUUUGGAUACGAUUGUGCGUCUUCGGGGUAUGCCAUGGAGCGCUACUGUUGACGAAGUAAUCAACUUUCUUGGCUGCGAUGUAAACGUUUCGGGUGGGAAGGAGGGUGUUCACUUUACAUACACUCGUGAUGGUCGGGCGUCCGGUGAAGCUUACGUGGAACUCGUUGCCGAGGAAGAUGUUGAGAAUGCACUCAAGAAAAGUAACGAAAAUAUGGGCAGCCGGUACAUUGAGGUGUUUCGCGCGAAGCGUGCCGAAAUGGACUGGUGUGUUAAGAAAAAUUCGUCGAAUGCGCUUGAUGAGGGUAUAGUGCGCCUCCGCGGCAUUCCGUUCGGCUGUUCAAAAGAAGAAAUCGCUAAUUUCUUCUCUGGGUUGGAAAUAGUGGCGAAUGGUAUAGUCAUUCCGGUGGAUUUCAAUGGGAGGACAGCGGGCGAUGCAUACGUUCAGUUCGCAACGAAGGAGGCAGCCGAGAAGGCUCUCGAAAAGCACAAAGAGCGUAUCGGGCACAGGUAUAUCGAGAUUUUUAAAUCCAGUCUGAGUGAGAUGGAGAGCUCUUUGAAUGCCUCAAUGCGACCCUUUACACAAGGUUUCGGCGGGCGUAAUUUUGGUGGCCCGGCUCCUCGUGGCGGACGACCAGGUCCCUACGAUCGCAUGAUGGGCAGAGGACCCCCACCGCCGCGACCUCGUGAUGAUGGCUAUGGAGGAGCAGGUUACGACGAUUACGGAUACGGAGGCGGACGCAGUCGGGGAGGGAAGUCCGGCUCGGCGUUUGGUGCUGGCGGCCACACUCAUGGUCACGGUCAUUUGGUGCACAUGCGUGGCAUCCCCUACAAAGCAACAGAAGCGGAUGUCUACGAUUUUUUCUCACCGCUUCGCCCCAUCAGCAUUCAAUUUGUGUAUGAGGUUGGAGGUCGACCCUCGGGCGAAUGCGAUGUCGAGUUCGCUACACAUAGAGAUGCGACUGACGCUAUGGUCAAAAAUAAUGCGCACAUGGGCACACGCUACGUUGAGUUGUUCCUCAAGAGCAGUCCCUCGGUGGGCAAUAAGGGACACCAUGGAAAUGGACAAGGACAUCAUGGCGGUUAUUAUUCUAACGACUAUGAUGAUUACGGUUAUGGAGGAACAAACACCGGCUUCCGCAGUGGCGGGGGAGGUCAUGGUCACAGUGGGGGUCACGGAAGCCGUAAUGGUGGAGGUCCCGGUGGAUUUGGCGUAGGGCCGGUCGGGGGCCAUUUCGUGCAUAUGAGGGGACUUCCGUACAAGGCCAGUGAUGAAAAUGUCUAUCAGUUCUUUGAACCCAUCCGACCAAUCGAUGUCCGCUUUAUCGUUGAUGCUUCGGGCCGACCCUCAGGCGAAUGCGAUGUUGAGUUCGCAUCUCAUCGUGAUGCCCAGGAGGCGAUGAGCCGUAAUAAUGCGCACAUGGGCAAUCGAUAUGUCGAACUAUUCCUUAAGAGCGCCCCCUCGGUGAAGGGUGGCUUUGGCAACGGUACACCAAGCCACGGUUGGUUCCCAGAAAGGACAUAUUUGCCAUCAUAUUCGACAAACGACUAUUGAUCACUCAGUGACGAGUCAACGUAAUACAGCGUAAACGCUUGUGAAACACAAUAUAUUAUUAGGGCGGGCGGUAAGGAGAUGUUUGAUGAUUUUGUCGAAAAUGUGAAAAACUGCAACCGAAAAUAGAGUAAUAACCUGAAAAGUCAUUACUAAUAUUAGGCAGGCAAAGAAAGCAAACUUAAUUAAGUUUGACAUUCAUCAUAUAAUAAUGAAAACAACAGAAGUAUCAUAUAAACAUUAUAAUGCACGACGGACAAUGACAGUCGAAAAAAUAGCAAAGAAAAAGGUUAAAUGCACACCACACACACACACA